AUGUCCAUGGAGCUAGAAAAGCGGGUGUUUGGCCGGAUAAAAAAAUCUGGGCCAGUUAACUUGCUGCCGAUGUUACACUAUCCGGACAAUCAGCCGGACAAGCGAGAGGCAGUGACCCUGCUCAAGUGGGCUACACAACUUGUUCAUAAAGUUCACGAGUUAGAACUUGUUCAUAAAGUUCACGAGUUAGAACUUGUUCAUGAAGUUCACGAGUUAGAACUUGCUCAUGAAGUUCGCGAGUUAGAACCUGCUUAUGAAAUUCACGAGUUAGAACCUGCUUGUGAAAUUCACGAGUUAGAACCUGCUUGUGAAGUUCACGAGUUAGAACCUGUUCAUGAAGUUCACCAGUUAGAACCUGUUCAUGAAAUUCACGAGUUAGAACCUGUUCAUGAAGUUCACGAGUUGGAACCUGUUCAUGAAGUUCACGAGUUAGAAUCUCAUGAACUUUACGAGUUAAAACCUGUUCAUAGAGUUCACAUAUUAGAACCUGCGCAUGAUGUUCACGAGUUAGAACCUGUUCGCGAGUUACAGUCUGUUCAUGAAGUUCACGAGUUAAAAUCCGUUCAUGAAGUUCACAUGUUAAAACCAGUUCAAAAGCAAGCUACUUCUACACGAAUAUUAAAAGCAUUAUUACAAAAGUUGAACAUUUAA